AUGCCUUCCCCAAGACAAGACCCUGGAGGACUUUCGGGUCAAGACGUGCGGGGGCGCGCUGGGCGAGGCGAGGCGCGCCCGGCGGGGCUGACGGCGGUUCUCGUCUCCCCGGCAGUGACGGUUGUCAGCGGGCUCAUCGUGGUGCUGCUUUUCUUCUCGGAGCUGCAGUACUACCUCACCAAGGAGGUUCAUCCGGAACUGCGCGUUGACAAAUCAAGGGGAGCUAAACCGAAGAUCAGUCUCGAUGUUAUUCUUCCGCACGUGCCUUGUGCUUAGUUGAGCAUCGAUGCCAGGAACGUAGCAGGAGAGCAGCAGCUGGAUGUAGAGCACAAUCUGUUUGAACAACGUUUGGAUAAAGCUGGCAAUCGUGUGACCCCGGAGGCCGAGAGCCACGUCACCAGGGACUUCACCCGACUGCCGUGCCUUCCCAGAUAUCACGGAGAGCGGCUUGGCAACUCCAUCAGCCAGUUCCCUCAGGACUCUGGGAUGCAUCUCGUCAGGUCCCAUGGACGUAUGUAUGUUCAGGUUCCUCAGGUGGUCACGAACCUGAUCUUCUCUUACAGUGGGAGGGCCUUUGCUGCCCUAGUCUCCGUCUUGCGGUCCACCCCCUGGAGAGGUGUGGGAAGAGAGGCUGCCAGUGAAAUCAAUAUGACGCACUAUAUCGAGCAUCUCUCGUUUGGGAGGGAUUAUCCAGGCAUUGUGAACCCUCUGGACGGGACGGAUGUCGCUGCGCAGCAAGCUUCCACGAUGUUUCAGCGUUUUGUCAAAGCGGUCCCCAGGGUGUAUAUGAAAGUAGAUGGUGAAGUGGUAGGGACUAAGCCGUUUUCAGUUACACGACAUGAGAAGAUAGCCAACGGGCUACUGGGAGACCAGGGUCUGCCUGGUGUAUUUGUGCUAUAUGAACUUUUGCCCAUGGUGGUCAAGCUGACAGAGAAACACAGGUAAGAGACAUUUCAAUCUACGUCAUCACCCUCCAUUGAUUUUUGCCAUUUUGCAUAGCUUAAGGCUCCAUCCUCGCUUAGACGCGACAGUGCAAAUGCCUGAAAGCCAUCCGAGCCCCUUCCCAGUCGGUGGAGAGGAAGAGGCACUCCCGGAUGCCCUUCUUCUCCGUGUGAACAUCUGAAAGGGAUUGGGGCUUUUCUGCUACUACCUGAAGCAUAUUAAUUCAACAAGCCAUUUGAGGACGAUUCUUUGAGCAGAGCACCUCCAUUUUCCUGCUGAACUGCUGGAGUAGGUCCACAGUGCAGGCAGACACAACAGUCACAGGGGGAAGGGGCUUCAAUCCGUUAUCUGUAGCAACAGAACUUCAGGCGCCGAGGCUUCCUGGUGAAAACACCCUUAAGGUGUAACUUGAUGGCUUCAGCGGUAUGCUCGGCUCACUUGCCAGAGCUGAGCACCGUGUACUUUACUCGCGUAAAUCUUACAGGCAUUUUGCCCUGAACACCUGCGAAGAUUCACCUCCUCAGGGAGACCAGGGCGUACCAGAGCCAUAAAAGCACGUGGAAGAGGAGUCUGGCGACUGCUGCUACUGCCAGUACCGCCGUCAAGGGAUGCAGUAGGGUUCAGGAGCUGGGAUGUACAUUCUUACACUGAUAAAACAAGCGUCCACACUGUGCUUAGGUCUCCGACUCGGUCCGAUACUGGGAUCGUGAUUAGCACGGCAUAGCAAUAGGAGACUAACGGUUGCCUGAAGGCUGUAAGCUCUGGCGCUGCCUCAGAUCCCCGGAGGCGAGGCAAGAGGAGUAACAGUACCUCCACUCGCCGAAGCAGCGGGUUUGCUAGAUGUUUGACUACACCAAGGGGUGGAGUGUGACUGUUCACUCAACUCCUGCUCAGAUUUUGGCUAGCCCAGCUCACGCUAAGGCCUGAUGUAUGCUGGGAGCAGCGCCUUUGGGUUGAAGGGAGAGCACCAGGUAGGCAGCACAGGUGGCCAGAAAGAGCUAAAGGGCCAUGAUGCAGCCAUUAGCACCUGCAGCUGGCUGUCUCCUGCAGCCAGCAUCUUUGCCUGGCAGUAUUGUCAGAAUCUGCUGACUUUUGGAAAUGGUAUAGACCAGACUUCCAAGCUGGAAGGUAUAAAACAUCAGCUUAGCCAAAAAGCCUUUGAAGGAGAUUCAACAGCAGCUGGACUGCUGAGGCUUUUGUGCUUCACAGUGUGAUACAGGGGACGCCCGCACGGUGACGCAGGAGGAAGGAUGAGCACUCCCACUAGGGAAAAACAAAGUCUUUUUUUGGUGGGUUUUUUGU